AUGGAGGAUGAAGAUGACUGGCGCCAGUGUGCCGAAUGGCUCAAUCGAUGUCAGAUUCUGCCAGAUGACCAUCCAUCUCUCGGUCCUGAAGGUAACGCCAUCCACCUUGUGCAAGCUCUGAUGGAUGGGGUGGCUUUAUGUCGAGUGUUGGAUAUCUUGUCUCAACACCAACUCGAUGUUCGUUCCAUGAAGGACUUCAGUCCGACUCCACAAAACUCGCAAUUUUUAUGUUGCCAAAAUAUCAGGCUGUUUACACAGUUGUGCGAAAAGGAAUUUAGCAUUCCAAAACCUUACCUCGUCCAACCAAACGAUAUAUAUCAGGCGAAAAAUUUUGGCAAGGCCAUCGCGCUUCUCUCAAAAUUGUCUUUGUCUGAUAGAGCCAAGCUUUCGGGCGUCACAUUGGGCUCUAGCCACUGGUACAUAAUGGAGGAUGAAGAUGACUGGCGCCAGUGUGCCGAAUGGCUCAAUCGAUGUCAGAUUCUGCCAGAUGACCAUCCAUCUCUCGGUCCUGAAGGUAACGCCAUCCACCUUGUGCAAGCUCUGAUGGAUGGGGUGGCUUUAUGUCGAGUGUUGGAUAUCUUGUCUCAACACCAACUCGAUGUUCGUUCCAUGAAGGACUUCAGUCCGACUCCACAAAACUCGCAAUUUUUAUGUUGCCAAAAUAUCAGGCUGUUUACACAGUUGUGCGAAAAGGAAUUUAGCAUUCCAAAACCUUACCUCGUCCAACCAAACGAUAUAUAUCAGGCGAAAAAUUUUGGCAAGGCCAUCGCGCUUCUCUCAAAAUUGUCUUUGUCUGAUAGAGCCAAGCUUUCGGGCGUCACUGGUUUCCCACCGGAAAACUCGGAGCUUCAAACAACACAUGAGUAUUACAACAACUUGGAGGAGUACGCAGCUACGCUCGAUAAAUUGACAGAAUCAACUCGGAACAACUAUGCUCAAAUGGAGGAAGAAACAAAAGAGAAACUUUAUGACACCGUUGUCCACCAGGGUUCCUCUGCUCAACAUAGUAUCAACAGUGAGUCACUAACAGCUCGUGGAAGUUGCAUCCGAGAGAUUGUUGAUACAGAAAGGAACUAUGUGGAUUUGCUGCGCAUGUUGCUCGAGGUAGGCUCCUUAAUAAUUCUACCAAUUCAUACAAUUUUGCAGAAGUAUAAGUCACCGCUUACCGGUGUGCUGUCUCCCGAAGAAUUGGAUGAAAUCCUCAAGUACAUCGAUGAGUUGCACAACAUUCAUCGUGAACUUUUUGGCAAUCUCAUGUUGGCUACUAACCAGAACAUGCAUGUCAUCAGUUUAAGCGAUGUAUUUCUCCAAGUACGCGAUCGUCUGCUAAUCUAUGGUGAGUACUGUGGACACGUGCAAAGAGCGCAGUCAUUGGUGGUCGAACUGAUGCGCAACGAUGUGGAGAAGCGGACCAGAAUUGAGAUGUGUCAGAUGAAUUCGGAAAAGUUCAGCAAAUUCCACUUGACAGAACUGCUCACCGUUCCGAUACAACGUGUGCUAAAGUAUCACUUACUAUUGGAGCAACUACGGAAACUAACUCCAGCUGACCAUCCCGAACGAGCUGGUUUGUUACAGGCACACGAGGCAAUGAAAGAACUGGCCCAAUCCAUUAAUGAGGUCAAACGCGACUUGGACACGAUCAGUGCGAUCGAUCAGAUUCAAGCGAGGUUAGUGACCAUCAUGUGUGUUUGGAAAUGUGGUGUUAAACAACAACCACAGCACUCUAAUCCUAAUUUCGAGGGCUCUUUUACCACAGCUGCGAUUGUCUCGCCUAGCUUUCUGAGCUAUACACAUAACUGUUUCCUCUUGCAAAAACGGCUUUUCAACUUAUCUUACAACAAUUUUGGGGUUUUGCGGAUAGGUGCUUUGUUCGUAGUCACACCACUCUCGUUUGAACGGUCGUCCUCCUGUUCUGGCGUAAUUAUUCCGCCUUGGUUGAUUGCCUCUCAACCUCCCCUGUCUAGGCUUGGGCACCCUGGCAGUAUCCCAGCCGUCGUGCUUCCUUCGGGUGGCAUGGCAGCUAGGCACCGGAAGAGUGCUACAGCUGAACGGUUUUGGUUGACUGAGGAAGCAGAUCUCUCGAUAUAA